GACCUACCACCCACCUCCACUUCCAAAUCCACUCAGAAACAACUCCACCAACCAGACUAAAUACCACUACCAAUACCAAUACCCUUUGACUAUCUAUCAUCCACACCCAUUCUCCCUCCGAAUCCUUUCCCUUUCUCCAUCAACAAAACCAGUCAAUCAAUCAAUCACUCACUCACUCACUCAAUCCACUGCAAAACAAUUCACCAAUACACUACUACCCUCCAAAUUCCACCCCAAUUUCACACUAACCCACCAUCGAACCACCACCACCAACCCACAACCGAAUAAUGAACGGCGAUCGGAUAAAGGCGUCUGCAAUUGCUAAAGCGAAAGAAUCGAUAACUAAAAAUUCAAAUGCGCAUGCUAUGAAAAAAAGAAAGAAAGACUCAUUGAAGCCAAUCAUCACAACCGAGCAAGACUCUGAAUCUUCCAAAAUGGCUUCUGCUCAAGCCCGUGCAGGGUGCAGCGCCUCAAAAUAUAAACCACCCUCCCCUCCAACAAGGUCGCGCAAAAAUGCUGCUGCACUCUACUUAGUUUCAUUCACGAUGAUGAGUUCAAUGCUUCAAAACUUGCUGACUAGAAUCGAUGAUGGAAAUAGAUCCGCUUCAGGAACAAAUCGCGAUCCGUCAUCCUCUUCCUCGAGAGAAGACGCUGCAGAAACGACGGCAGACGAAGAAGACUCUGAAGAUUACUGCAAAGGAGGUUAUCACCCCGUACAAGUCGGUGAAAACUUCAAAGAUGGCAAAUACACCGUGGUUCGAAAGUUAGGAUGGGGUCAUUUCUCAACAGUAUGGCUUUCCAAAGACAACGUCACUCAGAAACAUGUUGCUUUGAAGGUUGUACGAUCUGCAGCGCAUUACACGGAAACGGCCAUAGACGAAAUCAAAUUACUCAAUAAAAUCGUGGGUGCUAAGCCAGAUCAUCCAGGUCGAAAGCAUGUGGUUAGUUUGUUGGACUCUUUUGAACACAAGGGUCCAAAUGGCACACAUGUCUGCAUGGUCUUCGAGGUUCUGGGAGAGAAUCUGUUGGGGUUGAUCAAAAGAUGGAACCACCGCGGAAUUCCCAUGCCUCUGGUUAAACAAAUUACAAAACAGGUUCUGUUGGGUCUGGAUUAUCUACAUAGGGAGUGCGGCAUUAUACAUACAGAUUUGAAGCCCGAGAACGUCCUGAUAGAAAUCGGAGAUGUGGAACAGAUUGUGAAAACAUUCGUCAAGGAGGAUACGAGUAAGGACAAGGAAGAUAAUAGAAAUGGUCGAAGGAGACGGCGAACUCUCAUUACUGGAAGUCAACCUUUACCAAGUCCGUUGAAUGCCAGCUUCAACCACGCAGAUUUGAUGAGGUUUCCUGGCAGUAAUCCAGGUUCCCAUGGAAGUAUAAAUGAAAUGCUCAAUAAUAGUCGUUCGAACAAUUCUUCACCUCAAAAAGAAAAGGCAGAUGAGGAGAAUCACGGGACAAGAGAAAAGACUGCCGAUAUCCUCACAGAUAAGGUCUCGGGCAUAUCACUCGACAAAAACUCGGGCGAAAAGAAGAAGGCAGAGGAUGCAAAUCAAUUCGAUAUCAUAUCAGUCAAAAUUGCCGAUUUGGGAAAUGCUUGCUGGACUGGACAUCACUUCACAAAUGAUAUUCAAACAAGGCAAUAUCGAUCACCAGAAGUUAUACUGGGCUCCAAAUGGGGUGCUUCUACAGAUGUUUGGAGUAUGGCUGCUAUGGUCUUCGAACUUAUCACUGGUGAUUAUCUUUUCGAUCCUCAAUCCGGGACCAAAUAUGGCAAAGAUGACGAUCACAUUGCUCAAAUAAUCGAACUCCUUGGACCCUUCCCCAAAUCCCUUUGUUUAUCUGGCAAAUGGUCACAAGAAAUAUUUAACCGAAAGGGCGAACUGCGAAAUAUCCACCGAUUACGACAUUGGGCCUUACCGGAUGUCUUGAAAGAAAAGUACCAUUUUAAAGAAGAUGAAGCGAAGAGAAUUGCGGAAUUCUUAACUCCCAUGUUGGAGUUGACACCGGAGAAGAGGGCAAAUGCUGGAGGAAUGGCAGGUGCACCGUGGUUGGAAGAUACAGCCGGUAUGAAAGGGGUGAAGAUUGAAGGCUUGGAAGUAGGGAGCAAGGGCGAAGGAAUUGAGGGGUGGGCAUAUGAAGUCAGGAAGAGAUAAGAACUCGCGAGGUUCGAGAAUGAUAGAGUGUAGGAAUUCCUUUCUCAUGAAACUCAGGCGCAGAUGAUUGGGGUGGGUUGGGUGAUGGGUCAUCUGUUGGUGGUCAUCUUAUGGGAUUGGAUUCGCGCAAUUAAAGUCUAGGGUGGAUGGGAUGGAUGGGGCGGUGCCAUUUGUCAUGCAUGUAGUAUGGUAUCACGAACCACGACUUUUUUUUCUUCUUCACAUAUUGGUUUGAAUGAGUCGUGAGAUGAGAUAUGAGAUGAGAUGAGAUGGUGGAGGUGGAGGUGGAAAACGACAAUGGAAAUGAGAUGGGAUGGGAUGGGGAUAGGAUGCUAUGGAUGAAUGUCUGUAUGUACGUAUGGAUGAAUGGUAUGGACUGGACUGGGAAAGGAGGAAUGAAUGAAUGAAUGGAUGGAUUCUUGGGAGGAGGAUAGGUAAAGGGAAAAUUUAUAUGAUGUGAAGGAGAUAUUUAUCGUGUCUUGAUAUUAAAUACGCUCUUGAUAAGUGAUGAUGAUUAAUUUGAGAGUGGUGAGUGGUGUGGAGGAUGUUUUAGCUUAUGGGGUGUUGGGAUAGGUUGGUAGGUAGUAGGUAGGUAGUAGAUAGGUAGAAAAUAUACAGGACGAUUUUUAGAUGGUUGUAUAUAUAUGUAUUGGAUGAAUAUGUUUGAUCUGGAUGCGGAUGCGGAUGGGAUGGGGUUAUUUGGAUGUGUGAGUUUGUUAGUGUGUAUGUGUGCUUUACG